AUGGUUAUCGUCGAUCAAGUAGGGGGAGUUAGUUUAUGUGAUAGAACAGCCGAUAAUGUAACCUCGCAGUUUAUCUCCACACCCGUUUCCACUCGUGUGUUUGGUCAGCUACGUGAAUCGUAAUGAUUACCCUAUAAAGGUGUGACAGUCAGAAUUUGUAAGAGUCGUUUUAUCCUGCAGUAUAGUUAACACCCCUGAGAAGAAGCUGUCUUGCACGUAACAGAUCAGUGAAGGGGACGAAAAUGCGUUUGUUAAGAGUAGUUGGUGGUUUGAUGUUACUUUUUAUAACAGUUGGAGACUCUGCGAAGCUGCCCCAUCGUUCUUCCGAAGAAGGUGAUGACAUUCUGACUCAGAGAUACUGGUAUGAACAUGCUGACAAGACGCUCCAGAAAAAGCAGAAAAUCAGUGAGAAUCUGGAACGUGGGAAAGCUAAGAACAUCAUAUUUUUUCUUGGAGACGGGAUGGGAAUGUCCACCAUCACAGCUGCUCGAAUUUACAAAGGGCAGAAGGCUGGCCUGAAGGGUGCAGAGGCGGAGUUGACGUUCGAAGAUUUUCCACACGUGUCACUUUCUAAGACUUACGCAAUAGAUAGACAAACAUCGGACUCUGCAAACACAGCCACAGCCUACCUAUGUGGUGUGAAGGCGAACUAUGGAACUCUGGGAGUCAACGGAAAAGUGAAAAACGAGGACUGUGAUUCGUCAAAAGAUAACUCUACUCACGUGUCUUCCAUCCUACAGUGGGCACAAGAAGAAGGAAAAUCCACUGGUUUUGUUACAACAACUCGUGUCACACAUGCGACACCUGCCGGUUUGUAUGCACAUUCAGCUUCAAGGGAUUGGGAGGCUGAAAGUCCUGGCGGCGAUGAGAAAUGUCCAGAUAUUGCAUUACAAUUGGUAAAACAAAACCCUGGUAAAAAUAUUCAGGUUAUCUUAGGUGGAGGACGCCAAUCGUUCUUUCCAAACAACGAACCUGAUGUUGAGAGUAAAGAAAUGGGAAAGAGAAAAGACGGGAAAAAUCUAGUAAAUGAGUGGCUAGAUCAUAAGAAUAAUAUUUCUUCAAAGGUCAAUUAUGUACAUAAUCUGGAAGGAUUUGAGAACGUCACAGCUGAUGAAACCGAUUACUUGUUAGGUCUGUUUGAAUACAGCCAUAUGCAGUACGAGUUUGAACGCGUCACGAGUAAUUCUGAACCCUCCAUUACUGACAUGACGAAGAAAGCUAUUCAGAUACUGAGUAAAAACUCCAAAGGCUACUUCCUUCUCGUAGAAGGGGGUCGUAUUGACCACGGACACCAUGAUGGAAUGGCCAAAAGGGCGUUAGAAGAAGUUGUGUCGUUUGACAAAGCAAUUAAGCUAGCACUAGAGAUGACCAACAGAGAAGAUACUUUACUUCUCGUUACUGCUGACCAUUCCCACACGAUGACCAUAAGUGGUUAUCCAUUGAGAGGGAAUAAUAUUUUAGGUACUUAUGUAUCAAGGGAUGAAAAGGUGGAAUACACGGUGCUUGGUUAUGCCAAUGGACCAGGAUACAACACAAGUCGUACGUUUAAAAAGAAUAGCACACUUGGUAACGAUUACAAACAACCCGCGACCUUUUACCUCGAGAGCGAGACACACGGCGGAGAAGACGUCCCCGUUUUCGCAAUCGGAGCUGUGGCUCAUCUGUUUCACGGGGUUCACGACCAGACCUACAUCCCCCACGCCAUCGGCUACGCUGCUUGCAUUGGACCAAACAAGGACUAUUGCAAGGGUGCUGCAAGCAUAAGCCCCAUCCCAAGUUUCUUAGUUCCUUUCGUCGUACUUGCCCAUAUAUUUUAGUUCCUUUCGUCGUACUUCCCCAUAUAUUUUAGUUCCUUUCGUCGUACUUCCCCAUAUAUUUUAGUUCCUUUCGUCGUUCUUCCCCAUAUAUUUUAGUUCCUUUCGUCGUUCUUGCCCAUAUAUUUUAGUUCCUUUCGUCGUACUUCCCCAUAUAUUUUAGUUCCUUUCGUCGUACUUGCCCAUAUAUUUUAGUUCCUUUCGUCGUUCUUGCCCAUAUAUUUGAAACAAUAUUAUAAGAACAAUAAUGGAAGAAAAUGGAAGGGCGGCCUCCAAGUUGGAAUUUUUAAUUUACAAUUUAAAAUAAACACGGGAGUAUCGCCUAGAAUAUUAUGCAAUUCAACACAGGCACAUAUUUUUAAUUUCGUCUGAAAAAAUUCUCAAUAUUAGCUGUGAUAUAGAAAAAAAAAUUCGAAAAAUAAUUUUUGU